AUGUUAUUGGUGGUUGUUCGGGGCGGGGAGAUGAUUAAACAAGUGGCAGAAGAGCGUCUCAGACAUUUUGAAGGCGUAGAAGCCAAAGGAAGGAAGCUAGCUAUCUCCAAUUUGUUCAUUCCCACAUCGACUAACUCUCCCAUCACUUAUCUAUCUAUCUAUCUUAAAUGUCAGUUUCAGUACCAUGGCUACAGGGAUUGGCCUUGUCUCGGUGACCAGAUCCAAAAAUUCUACCAUCCAAACCCUAACUCCAUCACCACCUCUCCUCCUCCCUCACCCUCUUGGAUGUGGAAUCCAAGGGACCAAGAAGAUGACUCCUGGGAGGUCAGAGCCUUUGCAGAGGACACCAGCAACAUCAUGGGCACCACUUGGCCUCCAAGGUCCUACACCUGCACUUUCUGUAGAAGGGAGUUCCGUUCAGCACAAGCCCUCGGUGGCCACAUGAACGUUCACCGCCGCGACCGUGCUCGCCUCCACCAAGCCUCACCCAUCAACCACCACCACCACCACCACCACCACCACCCCAUCUCCUCUCUCUCCCGCUCACACCACUCUUCCUCUUUUCUCAACCUCUCUCACUCUCCGGACCCUUUCGCAAAUGGUGGGGUGUGCCUCUUGUACCCCUUCCCUAGCCCUAACACUGCUCCAUUCUCCCCUCUUGGCCAAACCACCAGUUUCAAUAAUGCAUGUGCUGACUCUCCCUCUUCUCUUUUCUCUGUCUCCUCUUCCCUUUCACACCCUCCAAUGAGCCUCCCAACUUGCUCAAAUGCCUCCUUUGAUUUCCCAGUGGCGGAGCCUGCCACAAGGAGGAGGACCGUUCUCUCUUCUUAUUCUGGGAAAGGGGAACAAGAACCCGCAACCUCCUCCGCUCAUCAUGGCCAACACGAGGAGCUUGAUCUAGAGCUCCGUUUGGGAAAUAGAUCAACAUCAACGCCAUGAGAAAACGAUUGGGUUUAUUUGUUUAAUGUCUUGUGAAGCAGGUGAGGAAAGAUCAAAGUCCAAACUCCAUAGAAAAGGAAGUUAUGUGCAUGUGCUUUGCUCCCUUUUACAGCUAAGCGGCGAGAGAUGACAGAGAGAAGUACUGUAAUUUAUGUUUUGAAGACACCAUGUAGAAUUCUCGUAUAUUAUAGCUGAAGCUCUGAUAUGGAUCUUUUGGUUGGAUAUAUUUUUCUUUUAUUUUUUUGUUCAAUUUCUUUGUAAGGAUCCCAGUUCUUGGUUGAUUCAGUUUGUUAGUAUUUGGUUGUUUUGCGAAAGGUGCACCUCAAGAGCUAUAUGGUGGGAGGGGAUUGGAAAGGGAGGAAGGAGAAGGCUUCGCAUAUGUAACUUCAAAGAAAGGGAAAAUGUAAGUUGGUACCAUUAUUUUUCAAAAAAAAAAAAUUACCAUUAAUUUAUUGAUGGAAGAAGGAUUAGGGUUCGAAGGAGACACUGAGGAAAGGUUGUAGUGGAGUGUCAUUUUCCGUUUCAGAAAUGUUGCAGUACAUAUAUGUCUACCUGCUCAUAUACAUUUUCGAGGUUUUUUUCUUAUAUAUAUUUUUAUUUUUAAUACAGUAAUAUUAACAUGU